UUUCGAUAAUUCUUUUGCAUUACAAAGCUCUUUAAAUUAUGUUAAAGAAUAUGUCAAAGAAAUUAAUUUUGAGCAAAAUAUUUUUAAAAAUAAAAACUUAUCAAAUAAAAAUGAGAUUCGUAAAGAAUUCAAACAAAUUUUGGAUUCUAGUGUAAAUACUACUGAGAUUGUUUCACAAUUCAAACAAAGUAGAAAUUUAAAUAAAAAAUUAAAGAAUUGGGGCUUGCCUCAAGAAAUAGCAAACAAAUAUGAAGAUAAAGGCAUUAUUGAAAUGUUUGAUUGGCAAGUGGAUUGCCUUGCUAAUCCUAAAGUCCUCUCAGAUUGUCGAAACUUAUUGUACUCAGCUCCAACAUCUGCAGGUAAAACACUUGUGGCUGAAAUAUUAACCAUUAAAACUGUGUUGGAGCGUCAGAAAAAAGUAAUCAUUAUAUUACCUUUUGUAUCUAUAGUUAGGGAAAAAAUGUUUUAUUUACAAGAUAUAUUGUCCAGUUCUGGAGUCAGAGUUGAAGGUUUCAUGGGAUCCCAGUCACCUCCAGGUGGCUUACAAGCUGUUCAUGUAGCAAUAUGCACUAUAGAAAAAGCAAAUAGCUUAAUAAAUAAACUUCUUGAGGAAGGCAAUAUCUCAGAAUUGGGUGCAGUUGUCGUUGACGAGCUACAUUUACUUGGAGAUCCCCACAGGGGAUACAUUUUAGAAUUGCUUUUAACUAAAAUUAAAUAUGUUUCAUUAACACAAGAUGAUGUUAAAGUGCAAAUCGUUGGAAUGUCUGCUACGUUACCUAAUUUGGGAAUUUUGGCAAGUUGGUUAGAUGCUGAAUUAUUUAUCACAGAAUUUAGACCUAUACCUUUGAAUGAAUAUUGUUUAGUUGGAAAUAAAUAUUAUGACAAAUAUGGUCAGUAUAUUGCAUUAUUGGAAGAUCCAAAAAUGUUAGGCAUUGAAGGUGACUAUGUGCUUUCUCUUUGCCUGGAAACAUUAAGAGAUGGAUGUUCUAUAUUAAUAUUUUGCAUGACUAAGAACUGGUGUGAAAAUUUAGCACAAAGUAUUGCCUCAUCAUUUUAUAAAUUAGGUUGUUCCAGUAAUGUACAAGGAAUGGUUUUGAGAGAACAGUUGAAGUCACAGAGUAUAUUAGAAACCUUAGAACAAUUAAAAAAUUGUCCGGUGGGUCUUGAUCAUGUACUUAAAAAUAUAGUUUCAUUUGGAGUAGCCUAUCAUCAUGCUGGACUUACAUUUGAUGAGAGGGAUAUAAUAGAAGGAGGGUUUAAGUCUGGAGCUAUUAGGGUCUUAGUAGCAACAUCUACCCUGAGUUCAGGAGUAAAUUUACCUGCUAGAAAGGUAAUUAUCAGAUCACCUGUAUUCCAAAAACAACCAAUAAAUAUUUUGAGCUACAAACAGAUGAUAGGGCGAGCUGGAAGAAUGGGUAAAGAUAUCAAAGGUGAAAGUGUUUUAAUAUGUACACCAGCAGAGCAGAAAAUUGGAUUUGAUUUGAUGAUGGGAAUCUUGGAACCUGUUAAAAGCUGCAUUGAAAGUGAAGAUAAAUUUAUGAGAGCUAUUCUUGAAAUGAUUGCAAGUCAAGAUGUUUGUAAGAAAUCUGACUUGGAUUUGUAUACUAAUUGUACAUUACUUUUUAACCAGGAUUGCAUGGAGCAAUCACAAAACUUUUUAUUAGGAAAUACAUUAAAAGAAUUAGUAAAUUGUGAGUUAAUAAGAGUUCAAUGUGGCGGUAACAAUAGCAAGUAUGUAGCAACAUCACUGGGGAAGGCAUGUUUAUCAUCAUCUAUGGCUCCCAAUGAUGGAUUGUCUUUAUUUUGUGAACUACAAAAAGCUCGUCAAUGUUUAGUUUUAGAAACUGAUCUGCAUCUGAUUUAUCUUGUGACACCAUACAGUGUCAGUUGUCAGUGGAAUAAUAUAGACUGGUUGCAUUUACUUACUCUGUGGGAAUCUUUAUCAGCAGCAAUGAAAAGAGUAGGGGAACUUGUUGGUGUGCAAGAAAGCUUUAUUAUUCGUUGCCUUAGAGGAACAAAGCAAUUUAAUAAUAAUCAUAAUAAAUUAAACAUACAUAAAAGGUUUUACACAGCACUAGCUUUACAAGAUUUGGUAAAUGAAGUGCCUUUAUCAGAAGUAUCUUCAAAAUUUCAAUGUGCUAGAGGUUUUUUGCAAGGCCUUCAGCAAGCAUCAUCGACAUUUGCUGGUAUGGUCACAGCUUUUUGCCAUCCACUGGGCUGGAAGAAUAUGGAAAUGCUUAUAUCACAAUUUCAAGACCGACUUCAAUUUGGCAUACAUUCAGAAUUGUUGGAAUUAAUGAAAUUACCUUCUUUAAAUGGCGUGAGAGCUCGUACUUUAUUUGAUGCAGGGUUUGAAACUAUUUCUAGUAUUGCUUCGGCUGUACCAAAUAUUAUUGAAAACAUCCUUCACAAGUCUAUACCAUUUCAAAGUGAAAAAGAAAGAGAGGGCGAUGACGAUAUUGAAGUUAGGAAACGAAAUAAAAUGAAAAAUAUUUGGAUAACAGGAUUUUGUGGUAUGACCACUAAAGAAGCAGCAGAAAAUCUUAUUUUAGAAGCUAGAAAAUAUCUAGAGCAAGAAAUUGGAGUAGCAGAAAUUAAAUGGAAGGAUAUUAAAUGUCCAGAAAAAACCAAUAAAACAAAUGAUUCUAUUAAUUAUAAUUCAUAUGUCCAGUGUGUUGACAACAUAAAUAUAAAAGAAUUAUCUAAAACUAAAAACCAAAUAAGUCAAAGUUUAGAUGAAAAAUUAGGAGCUAAGAGCACCCAGGCUACAAUUAGUUUAAAAGAUGAAAUUCAAGCAGAUACUUUGCAAGUUUCUGAUAAUGCGUUAAAUAAAUGCAUUCAGAAACCUCAUGAUAUUAAAGUAAAUAAGGAAGUUAAAACUAUCGACGGCAAAAAUAUUCGGAAUAGUGUUCCAAAUGAAAUUAAUCAAAACGUCAAUAAUACAAAAGUGUCACUAAGCUCUGAUAAACAAGAAUUAGUUUGGGAUUCGCUCAAUAUUACGGAUGCUUUUUUUGAUAAUAUUUCGAAACUUCCGACUUCAGAUAAUUUCUUAUCACCGAACAUAAGCUUUGGUGUAAUGACUAAUUCCGAUUUAGUAGUUAAUGUUGAAAAUAAUGUUUCUAAAAGUAUGUCCACUAAAGAUAUAAGUUUGUUUUCAUCCGAUGGUGAUAAUUCAAGUAUUUUUGAAGAUAGUUUACCAUUUGAUUUGUUACCAAACACUAUAAUAGACAAUAAAAAAAGCGCUAGUGUUAAACAAAAUACAAAUGAAACUGAUACAAUCGUGGGCUGUGUUGAUAUUAAUUCGAAAUCAAUAUUAAAUGUUUUUAAAUCACCACUAAUUGACGUCGACGAUGACGAAAAUUUUAAAUUAGUUUACGAAGAUGAGAAAAGAAGUCCACUUCAAAAUAUCUCUGUCAUGAAUAAUUCUCAGGAAAACGAAAUCGGAAACACACAAGAAUUUAAAGAAACGUUUAUUAAGACAAGUUUUGUAAGUCCACGCAAAAGACACGCGAUUUCGAAUAAACACUGUUUACGAUCUGUAGCUAAAAAAUCAAAAAAAUCCAUUUUACCAGAAAUUAAUUCAAAACAUGAUAUAUUUCAAAUAAAAAUUAGUCCAAAAUCCAAAAAUCUUGUACUACAAUUUGCUAAUAAAAUUGUGAACUGUCACAUUUUGCAUGAAAACGAUAAUUGCAGUAACUUUUCUCUUAUAGAAAAAGCCAAAGAAGUUUCAAUUAAUUUUGAUAUAAACACAAAAGAAAUUAAACCUCUUACUCAAUUAAUUGGUAAUAAUAUAUUUGGUGGGACCAAAAAAUCCUUUGAAGACAUUCAAAUCCAUACUGAAGAAAAUUUGUUCAUAAAAGGAAUAGCUUUAUACUUAAAUAGUAAUAUAUGUUUAUAUUUUGAUAUAGCAUCCUUAAAAAACUACCUGCCAGCAUUUAAAAUUAAAUUGAAACGGUUAUUUUCAAAUGCAAGAGGCAUUCAGUUGCGAAUGUUAUCGACUAAGGCAACUCAUUUACACAUUAAGAAAUGGUUAGAGGAAGAUUUAUCAACACCGUGUUAUGAUAUCACGUUAGCUGAAUGGUUAUUGGACUGCGCUGAGAAAACGUCAAGAAUUAUCGACUUGACAAAGAAGUAUUGCAACUUAGAUUUAUUCAAUACUGAUAUAUCUGUCAAUGAUGAAACAAAAAAAUAUAAUAACUUAAAAUCGCACGAAAAAGCGUGUCUUAAUGCUUGGUGUGUAUGGAAUAUUUCGGAAGAGCAAGCGAAUUUAUUACAAAAGAAUUCAUUCAUUAAUAAGACUUUAAAUACAGAGAUUCAAGUGUCCAAGAUUCUAGCAAACUGCGAGUACUAUGGAGUAACUGUGGAUAAAGAACUUGCAUCCCAACUUUUGAUUGAUGUGAAAAGUUCACAGGAGAUCCUACAAAAUAAAGCUUUCAAAUUAUGCGGAUAUCAUUUUAAUUUUAACUCCUCUAAAGAUGUCGCUAAGGUUUUAGGGUUAUAUAAAGGACGAAAAAUAAGCACAAAGAAAAGUGUUCUUACCGCCCACAAUAGUACAAUGGCUAGCAUCGUCAUAUAUUGGAGGAAACUUAACUCUAUACUCACUAAAACCUUAUAUCCUCUCACUCAGCAAGCCAUCAUAUAUAGCCAUGAUAACAGGAUAAGCCCGUCCUACACUAUGCACACUUGCACCGGUCGAAUUAGUAUGCACGAGCCGAACUUACAGAACGUCCCUCGAACGUUUUCUAUUCCACUCAAAUAUCUCGCCGCCAAAGAUAGCAUCGAACCUUGCGGGGACGUGAUAGAGUUCAACUGCAGGAACAUUUUCAAAGCGACACCGGGUUGCGUUUUUGUGUCGGCUGAUUAUUGUCAGCUGGAAAUGAGAAUUCUGACUCACUAUUCCAAAGAUGCGAUGUUGACUACAAUUAUGUGUUCGGACGUAGAUGUUUUUAAGUCAAUUGCAGCCUCUUGGAGUGGACUAGCCGAUGAACAGGUUGAUGACGAUUUGAGACAUAAAGCUAAACAGCUCUGCUACGGUAUUCUCUACGGGAUGGGCAACAAAACUUUAGCGCAAUACCUCGAUGUUAAUGAGAUCGAGGCUGCAAUAUUCAUGGACACCUUCUAUAAUACAUAUCCUGCUAUAAAAACUUUUACACAAAAUAUCGUAGAAGAAUGCAGGAAAAAUGGAUACAUAGAGACAUUGAUGAAAAGGAGAAGAUACUUGCCAGAUAUCACGAGUAACACGGCGUCCAAACGAGGUGCAGCUGAAAGGCAAGCCAUAAACACUACUAUACAAGGAUCAGCAGCGGAUAUUGCUAAGGCCGCGAUGUGCGCCAUAGACACGAAAACCAGCUCGGACAUCGACAAACCUCGUCUAAUCCUUCAAAUGCACGAUGAACUUAUAUAUGAAGUUAUUGAAUCGAAGAAAGAUAAUUUUAUAGCAAUUUUAAAAAGUUUAAUGGAAGAAACGGUCCGCUUAAGCGUUCCUCUCCCCGUUAAAGUGAAAGUCGGUAACACGUGGGGUGCGAUGGAAGACGUCCUGUGUUGAUAUUUAUAAAUCAUGAAAUUUUAUAAAAUAUUUUGCGUUAUAAUAUAGUUUUCUGUGAUAUUUCGUGUAAAUACUUAAUUAAAU